AGAGACAGAAAGGGGAAGGAAAUGUUGAUAUUAGUUGCUGACACACAUUGUCCUCUCAGUACGGAAGAGAAGGACAGUAACGUUUGUCACACAGAGUUUGUUGUUUUAUUUGAGCGAAACGCUCGUCAGAUGUCAUGAUGUUGGACGUCCUGCUGCUCUUUUCCAGCAUCUGUACAGCUGUUGGUGGUCGAGCUCCACAGACAAUUACUGGAUACAGAGGAGAGAGAGUUGACAUCAGAUGCUCAUAUGAAUCUGGAUAUGAAACAUAUUCAAAGUUUUUUUGUAAAGGGAAGUGUAACUAUAAAAACAUCAUGGUUGAAUCAGGAUCUCCAGCUGAAGACGAGAGAUUCUCUCUGACUGACGACACGACGGCCAGAGUUUUCACCGUCACCAUCACUGAUCUGAGAACAGAGGAUCAAGGCCUAUACUGGUGUGGUGUGGAGAGGAGUAUUACUAUUGAUGUCUAUUCAGAGAUUAUGUUGCUGGUUAAAGAUGGUGAGUGAUUAAAUAUGUCAAUAGCAGAAAUGAACUACAUGGAAACAAGAGAGUGAGAGAUCAAGUCAUUAAUCUUCUACAAACCCAAAUCCACAAAAGAUGGAUCAUUUAGUAAAAUGCAAUACUAUCAGGGAUCUGUGAUUUGUUAAUUCUGUUUUAUCUUUAUUUGACUGGCGAAAGUAAAAAGAAAGAUUUCUGAUAUUGAUGUGUAUUCAGAGAUUGAGAGGGAGAGAUCGAGUCAUCAAGAACUUUGAGUUGUUUGACAAUCCUCUCGUGAUGUUUGUUGAUUAGCCAUGACACAUCUAUGAUCACGAUCCCUUCACCUACAGUUACCAGCUCUCCUG